AAUGAAUGAAACUCAACAAUGCAAUUACAAGACUUAACAAAUAACAAUACAAUGAUAUUGUAAUAUAGUCCACUGAUCUUUGUAAAAAAGAAAAAUGUUUAUGUUGGGUUUUGACUUAAGUUUAGAAUAAAUUGAGUUCUGACUUCUCAGAAUGUUCAGAAAGCUGUUGGUCACAUCCCAUAAUGUCUUUGCUCUGCAGGGAGUAAGGUUUGCCUGUCAGUCUAAAUAAAGGGCUACAUUAACCCUUUGCAUUGAACUCAGUACAGUAAACACAGUGGACAGUUAUCAGGACGCAUAAUCGAUAGUCGAGCAUUACAGCACUUCACCACACUGUACUAGAAGUUUCCACCGGGCUGUAACAGCUGUCUUUAAGAUCAACAUCACCGGCAGCGGGAGUCAUGUCUCUGCCUUUUACCGGAUAACGCGUGCUGCUGGGUUUUUAAAUAACUAGGAGGGGCUGAAGCCAGGCAGGCUAACAGCGAAGCUAACGGCGAAUCCUCCAGCAGCUGCAGAGGGAUGUUCGGCUGUCUGGUGGCCGGCAGGUUGGUGCAGACAGACGCGCUGCAAGUCGCCUCGGACAAGUUCGUGUUCAACCUGCCGGACUAUGAGAAGGUGAACCACGUGGUGGUGUUCAUGCUGGGCACGGUUCCGUUCCCCGCCGGUACCGGAGGAGCGGUCCACUUCUCCUUCCCGGACCCCUCGGGCGGCGGCGCGGUGUGGCAGCUGCUCGGCUUCAUCACCAACGAGAAGCCCAGUGCCAUCUUCAAGAUCUCUGGCCUGAAGGCGGGGAAGGGCGGGGAAAACCCCUUCGGUAUGAUGGCCUCCUCCUCCCGGCUGUCACCCUCCGUGGCUCAGGUAGGAGGACCAGCUGUAAAGUAACUAAAG